AUGUCCGCCGACACCGACGCGACGGAGACUACCAGCCUGUUGGCCGCUGGCGCUGGCGCUGGUGCCGGUGAUGGCCAGAGGAACUCCCCCGAACAUGCGCCAGCAUCUGGAAACGGCGCGACCUGGGCCGGUUAUGAUGCCGAAUUCGCCAACAGGCCCAAGUGGAGGAGGCCAUCGGUCUACUGGUUGUUGCCGCCUUAUUUCCUCUUCACUCUGGCUUUCGGUGGCUCCCUCGUGCCCAAGAUCAACCUGAUCAUCGAGCUCGUGUGCAGCCGGUACCUGAGCGACCGCUCCGCCAGUGACCCAACUUUCAUCUUCGCCCCCGUCAUCCCGGGAGGGAACAACCCGCAGUGCAAGGAGAGUCCGGCCAUCCAGAGCAAGGUGGCUGCCUUCAACAUGCUCCUCAACCUCGUCACCGGCUCCCUCAGCGCCUUCACCGUACCCAAGAUCGGUGCCUUGUCGGACCGCUACGGCCGCAAACAUCUGCUGGUCGUCGCCUCGUGCGGUGGCAUCGUCGGCGAGACGGUCAUGAUUCUGGCCGCCAAGUACCCCGAGACCGUUCACUACAACUGGCUGAUCCUCGGCGCUGUCGUGGACGGUCUGGCCGGCUCCUUCACCGCCGGCGGCGUCGUCAGCAAUUCAUACACGGCCGAUUGCACCCCGCCUUCGAAGCGUACCGUCGCCAUCGGCUACCUCUACUCCUGCCUGUACGCCGGCCUGGCUCUCGGGCCCGUCCUGGCCGGGUACAUGGUAGAGAAGUGGACGCACGAGCUCGUCUCUGUCUUCUAUGUGACCCUGGCCUGCCACGUAUUCUUCGUGCUCUUUAUCCUGCUGGUCGUUCCCGAGUCCGUGUCCCGCAAACGCCAGCUGAUGGCCCGCGAGAAGCACGCUGAGGUCGCCGCAGCAGCUCGCGCCCUCGCCGACGCCACGGCCGUGAGCUCCGGGAGUGGGCCGCUCGGUGCCUCCUUCUCCAGGUUGUCUGCCCUGGCUUUCAGCGGUACCAGCCCGCUUGAGCCUCUCCGCGCGCUGUGGCCAAAGGGGCCGGGCUCGAGCGCCACGCUGAGGCGCAACAUUGUCUUCUUGGCUGUCAUCGACACGGUCCUGCUUGGCAUGGUCAUGGGCGCAGGGCAGGUCAUCAUCAUGUACACCGGCUUCCAGUUCGGCUGGACCACCCUGGAGACGUCCGGGUUCAUCUCGAUGACCUCGGUUAUCCGCGUCGUCGUCCUCGUCGGCGUCCUCCCGCUCAUCAACUACAUCUUCCGCACCCGUCGCCGUUCUGCCACCGCCGUCGUCUCGGAGAAGAACGCGGGCGCUGAUGAGGUGGACCUCUGGGUCCUCCGGGUCGCCAUCAUGUCAGACGUGCUGGGCGUGACUGGAUACCUGUUUGCGCGUUCGCCCGCCGUCUUCGUGGCCAGCGGCGCUGUGACGGCAAUGGGUGGGCUAGGAACCGCGACGACCCAGACGGCUCUCACCAAGCACGUCCCCCCAGAGAGCGUCGGCUCUCUGCUCGGCGCCAUUGGCUUGCUACACGGCAUCGCUAGGAUCUUGGCGCCCCUGGCGAUCGGCGGGCUGUACGCAUCCACUGUCGCGUACUUCCCCCAGUCCCCGUUCGUCCUGCUGUUGGCCACGUUUGCUGGCAUAUUGGUUAUUGCAUUCUUCGUGAGGCCUCAUAUAUAUACGAAGGAUGAGACUGAAUACACCAACACUUCGUCUGAGCGGGAAUGGAAUCGCGGCGAUCUUCUUGCCGAGGACGAAGUCAUACCUGUCAUUUAG